GGCUGACCCACUUUACAAACCACAUCUCUCCAGUUUGACAGUCAGCAAGUCUGGGGGUCAGUCUGAUGAAAAGCACAGGCGAGAGAUCUGAGGAAUAAAAGACAUAUAAGCAUUGGACUGACCGGGACACAGAGAGAGAGGCAGAAUGGGCUGUAUGAAGUCCACGUUGAGCGAAGGACUGAGCGGAGGUGUGGAGGUGAAAAGCAGCCCGCAGACUGUACGUACCGACCAAACGCACUAUGUCAGAGACCCCACCUUCAAUACAAAAAACACCACAAAUAACUCCCUGCUACCUGGUCAGGUGUUCCAAAAGUUGGAAGAGGAAAGGGGGGUCGACAAAAUAGUGGUCGGCCUCUACCCGUACCAAUCCGGGCACCCGGAAGACUUAACGUUCAAGAAAGGAGAAAAGUUGAAGGUCUUAGAGGAACGUGGUGAGUGGUGGAAAGCAAAGUCACUGACGACCAAAAAAGAAGGAUUCAUCCCGUCUAAUUACGUCGCUAAGGCCGACACCAUCGAAACGGAGGAGUGGUUUUUCAAGGACAUCACAAGGAAGGAUGCAGAGAGGCAGUUGUUGGCUCCGGCAAACAAACCAGGCUCUUAUCUUAUCAGGGAAAGUGAAACAUCAAAAGGGAGUUAUUCGUUGUCCCUCAGAGACGUGGACUUCCAGGGGGCAGACUCAGUCAAACAUUAUAAGAUAAGGAUGCUGGAUAAUGGCGGCCACUACAUCUCCCCUAAAAUCUCAUUCUCUGACAUUGGCAGCAUGAUCAAACACUACCACCACAAAGCGGAUGGCCUGUGUCGUAAACUGGACCGUCCAUGUGUAAAACCCAAAGCUCAGAAACCGUGGGAUAAAGAUGCCUGGGAGAUUUCCAAAGAGUCUAUUAAGAUGGUGAAGAAACUAGGAGCAGGACAGUUUGGAGAAGUCUGGAUGGCUUACUACCAAAACACGACCAAAGUGGCGGUGAAAACUCUGAAGCCGGGCACCAUGACGGUCGAGGCCUUCCUGGAAGAAGCCAAUGUGAUGAAGACGCUGCAGCACGACAGGCUGGUGCGGCUCUACGCCGUCAUCACCAAGACGCAGCCCAUCUACAUCAUCACUGAGUUUAUGGCCAACGGCAGCCUGCUGGACUUCCUGAAGAGCGACGACGGCUCCAGACAGCAGCUGCCCAAGCUCAUCGAUUUCUCAGCGCAGAUAGCAGAGGGCAUGGCGUACAUAGAGAAGAAGAACUACAUCCACAGAGACCUGAGAGCUGCUAACGUCCUGGUGUCAGAGAGUCUCCUCUGUAAAAUAGCUGAUUUUGGACUGGCAAGAGUCAUAGAGGACAACGAGUACACGGCCAGAGAGGGAGCUAAAUUCCCCAUUAAGUGGACGGCUCCAGAGGCCAUUAACUACGGCUCCUUCACCAUCAAGUCCGACAUGUGGUCCUUCGGGGUCCUGAUCUAUGAGAUCAUCACCUACGGGAAGAUCCCUUACCCAGGUAUGACUAAAGGAGAGGUGAUGUCCUCGGUGCAGCGUGGCUACAGGAUGCCUCAGCCCGACAGCUGUCCCGCUGAGCUCUACGACGUCAUGACGUGCUGCUGGAAGAACAAACCUGAGGACAGGCCCACCUUUGAUUACAUGCAGAGCGUCCUGGAAGACUUCUACACCGCCACAGAGGGACAGUACCAGCAGCAGACGUAGAGGGAGACACUUCCAGAAAGACUAAUAACUCCUGCAACUUUAGAUUUGUGUUUUGAUUUUUGUAAAUUUAUGUAUAUAUGACAUAUUCUAUACACAUUUAUAUGCUGUAAUCAUUUUAAUAUUUGUUGUUGAGAACAUACAGUAUGCAGGUUUUUGACCACUCAGUGACGUGUGUGUGUCUUCAGUAUCACCUUGAGGUGCAUAGCAGUUUAAUCCUGAGGGGAAAUUUAUAAAAACAAAUGAGCAUUAUAUAAAAAUGUUUAUACUGUUUGUGUCCUGGCAUUUCAAUAUUUGGACCAAACAAACAGUUUUCAGAGUUUAUGUACAGAGAAACUGAACAAACUGCAGACAUUAUAGAAAGAGUUUGCAAAGGUAGGACAGAAUAUAGACAGAAUCGAUCUGUGCAAAUGAUGUGACAUUGGAAAAAGGACAUGCUUUUUAUGAACAUAACUGUUAUAAUGAGCAAUGACCUUUGUUCAUACACAUUUAAAACUGUAAAUAAUGCAUGAUUCAGUAGACGUGAUGCACUUCUCUUCACCUCUCACACUGAGCAGCCAUUGUGGUGUGAAAUGUUUGAGUUUAAAAAAUAAUUUAAAUAUAGAUCAUGUAUCAUUUUAUUGGUGUUCGACUGAGCUGUUCUCUGAUCAUAGGCUUCACUAAAAUGAAGGUCCGUCUCUACAGGCAGUAAUCAGUGGCAGUAGAAACCUCAAAAUGUCCGUCUGGACCUUGGAUGUAACAGCAGCAUUAUAUAUUGUGAUGUUCCAUAAUAACAUUUCCAGGUAUAGAAAUCGUGCUCUACAAGAUUAUAACCGUCUAUUUUACAUUUCAUUGCUAAUUAUCUCAUAAGCUGCUGGAACACUGAACCACUCAUCUCCAUGUGGUGUUAACAGAAAUACUGCUCUUUGGUAAAAACUGUGCGUCUCUAUUUCAUUAAGCAGUGAAGGGUUGAUCACCUGUAAGUCCACUUCAUAUUGAAGUGCUGUAGCUCUUUGUUUGUUGCAGGGCAUAAAUGUGGAAUCAGUUGUGCUUAUUUCAUCAUUUCAAAUAUGGUCUUUUAUCAUCACAAGUGUUAGUUGCUCAGGGUUUGACACUGGAUGACUCGUGUGUUCCUGAGUGAAAGUGAGAGUAACUUCUGUUUAAAUGUAACUGAUGAAGAAAGGUACCCGGACCCCAAUUAUAGUACGAGUGUAAUAAAUGUUUGUUGGUUUGUCAUUUAAUCAUUCUUUGAGCUGUACACUUGUUGCUAUUUGAAUGAGAACAUGUAAAUUAAAGAAAUACACAGUA